CAGUGCAACUGCAACUAGAACCAGAAUGAUGAUCAUGAAAUUUCCAUGGAAUUUGAAUAAGAUUCUCUAAAACGCAGAACAGGUUGCUUGCGGUGGAGCCUCCUCAAAUGAGGCCAAUCAGGCUCCCCGAAGUUACAAUCGGAAUUUCUGGAUCGCCGGAGAUAUUCUCCCGUGGAAUCCACGGCGUUAUCAAACGUGCCGUCAUCAUAGGAAACGGCUUCGCCGGUGCCGAGAAUCAGUGCAUCGGUUUGGUUCGUGGUCUUGGCCUCUCAGGUCGCCAUUCUCUUUACCGUGUGAGUAGACCUAGAGGAGGAAUCAACGAUUGGCUUCACUGGAUUCCAGUUGCUCUACACAAAAAAUUAGAGCACUUGUUCAGGAGGAUUCAUGGAAGCUUGCGGCUUAGAAUACCAGCUAAAGGGCACAGAGUAAAUCCCAUUUCGUUUGGGCAAAAUGGCAUAACUGAUAUCUUAGAGGCUGAUGCAAAUCAUAUUGCAAAUAUGGCUCGUGAAAAUUUGGAUAAUUUUGUUCUUCAGGGAUGGUCCGUUGCUUGUGGUAGCAUCUGGAAGGGAUACCAUUUGUGUUUCAAGCACUAUAAAGCGUUUAGCUCCAGAAAGUGUUUUUGUUGUACAGGAAAAUGGAAAUAUCAGGGCAUCUCAAGCGCAUUCUUUUCUUUGGCUUUUGUGUUUCAGAUUCAACAUCCUAGGACGCAUCUGAAUAGGUUUGAUUUGGUCAUAACUCCCCGUCAUGAUUAUUACCCAUUGACACCUCAUGCACAGAAGCAAAUUCCAUGGUUUUUACGAAGGUGGAUUACUCCACGUGAACCACCUGGUAGGAAUGUGGUUCUCACCCUUGGAGCUCUUCACCAAGCUGACUCUGCUGCACUAAAGAAAGCUGCUUCUGCCUGGCAUGAUGAGUUGGCAUUGCUUCCCAAACCUUUGGUUGUGGUUAACAUUGGAGGCCCUUCAAGAAAUUGUCGUUAUGAUGUGGAUCUUGCUAAUCAGUUAGCAUGUAUGUUACAAAAUGUCCUUCCGAGUUGUGGAAGUGUGAGAAUAUCUUUCUCUAGACGAACUCCUAAGAAGGUGUCAAAAGUUUUUGUUAAAGAGUUAAGUACUAAUCCGAAAGUAUACAUUUGGAAUGGUGAAGGUCCAAAUCCACACUUGGGGCAUCUAGCUUGGGCUGAUGCUUUUGUAAUCACAGCUGAUACCGUCAGUAUGUUGAGUGAGGCUUGCACUACGGGCAAGCCUGUUUAUGUAAUUGGUGCUGAACGGUGUACAUGGAAGUUUGCAGACUUCCAGAAGUCUUUACAGGAACGAGGAGCAGCUCGACCAUUUACUGGGAAAGAGGAUAUGUCCCAAAGCUGGAGCUAUCCUCCUCUUAAUGACACUGCAGAAGCUGCCCAUGUGGUAAAAAUGGCACUCUCUGAACGUGGAUGGAGUAUACUUACAUAGUGGCUGGUCUUACGAAGUUUUUGCUCAGUCUUUUUGUGUAAGAUGUUAAAUCCUUUUUCUUCUUUUUCAUCUUUCCUCCCAAGAGUAGUUUUCCCAGUUUUGUUUAGCUUAGGUAUUUUUGUAUUGAUUGAGAGUGAGGCUCAUGAGUAGAACACCAGCAGAACUGAGUGUCUAUUGUAUCAUUGUAUGUAUAAUAGAUGAGACAAGUUUUGAUCUUUUUCUCUUCCCAAAAGAAAA